AUCUCCCGUCUGUUCGGUCGUGUGCAUCGAUCGAGUGCCAUCCUGCCGACAUUUGACCCAAGUUAGGGUGUUCGGGACUUCACACCGCCGCCAUGUCCGUCGAGAUCGAUCCGCUGGAGCUCGGCUUUCGCAGGCCCUUCACUGUGGAGGUUGCGCAAGUCCUUAGAAUCAAGAACCCCAAUACUGCACCCGUCGCCUUCAAGGUGAAAACAACGGCGCCCAAGCAGUAUUGCGUCCGACCGAACUCUGGCCGCAUCAACCCGGGGUAUGAAGUCGAGGUGUCAGUUCUAUUGCAAGCGAUGAAGCAGGAGCCGCCGCUCGACGCCAAGUGUCGUGACAAGUUCCUGGUCCAAUCAGUACUUAUUGCCGCCGACAAGGAGUUUACAAAUGUGUCGGAGAUUUGGGAUUCAGUAGACAAGUCGGAGAUUCAAGAGAAGAAGAUUCGUGUAGCUUGGCUUCCCCCCUCGCAAGGGAGCGGAGUCGCGACCCCUGUUCGGCGGCAAGCUGCUAAUGGCUUCGAUGCCACCCCCGAUACCGCUCCCCCAGCGUAUUCUUCUCCCCAGGAGGACACCACGGUCGCCGACGACACCGCCCCCGUAUCCCAGUCCGAAUCGAAGGAUGUCAAGCAAGAGCCUGAGACCGCACCGGCCACACAGACAAACGCCUUCUCCACCCCUGCCGCCGUGGCUGCGACCAUCAAGUCGGCCGCGACAGAGACCUACGAUGAGCUGAAGGACAAGUUGGCGAAGGCCGAGGCUACAAUCGCCUCGCUGAAGAACGAGGCGACGAGCGGUCUGAGACAGCGGAAGACUACAUCCGAGACAGCAGAGCAGAGCGGGGCAACACAGCAGCUGGCACAGGCAGAGAGACCACAGCCCCAAGCCACAGAGGGCGUUCCCGUUCAGAUCGUCGCCAUACUCUGCCUCGCCAGCUUCCUUUUGGCAUAUUUCCUCUUCUAGUGGGACCAGGGGUAUUCUGAGCGUCUUCAGACUGCGCAGGCUCAUCUGCCGUGGUGGGGAAGUAAACGCUAAGCUCAGUCGCUCGUUUUGACGCCCAAAAGCAGACAGCUGUGUUCCAUAUGUGGUUACGGGAUGGAUAGACGUGGCUAAUGCUUUUUUAUUUGCUGGUGCCGUUGGCUGGUCACAGGAUGGCGGAACCGGAAAGACCAGACACCAUUUUACUAUUGUGGAC